AUGCUGGUCAUGUGGUCCGACGAUCAGAAGCUAUAUCCGCUUAACUACAACUACUACCAGCCAGUCGUCGUUACCUCGAUCUUGUUGGGUAUCUGGGGCAUGGUGAUGCUGGUCCGCGUCUCCCAAGAAGGACUCAAGGAGUACUUCGUCCAGGGGAAGUUCAUCGUCCUCCAGCUCGUCCUGCUCCUCACCAAGUUCCAAGGGCUGGCAGCCAGGACACUCGCUAUGGGCAACCUCUUCCCCUGCAGGAGCCACAUCACCCCUACUGUCUAUACCAACUUGAUCUACAACUCAGCACUGCUGUGGGAGAUGGUACUCCUCGCUGGAUUCGCCAGACUCCUGUAUAAGAAACCUGUUCCUGAGUCUUACCAGAUGGACAAGAACUCCAACCUCCCUAAACAGCUGUGCACCCUUCAGGAGAAGAUCACGAUUAGCGAAAGCAUCACCCAAGAAAACAUCAAGAGUCCUGUGGCCAAGUACUAA